AAUUCACACCUAGGAGGCACAUCAAUGGAACUUAAUGUAAAUAUAUUAACAAUGGGUUACUGGCCAAACUAUCCUGUGAUGGAGGUCAACCUACCUUCGGAAAUGGUCAAGUAUCAACAAAUCUUCACAAAGUUUUAUCUGGCUAAGCAUAGCAAUAGGAAACUACAGUGGCAACCAACCCUCGGACACUGUGUGUUAAAAGCAGCUUUCCCACUGGGAAGUAAGGAGUUGCAAGUAUCACUCUUCCAAGCUCUUGUGCUGCUCUUGUUUAAUGACGCCGACAGCCUAUCACUUGCUGACAUCAGUAGUGGAACCAAUAUUGAGGAUGGGGAGCUCCGCCGAACUUUACAGUCACUGGCUUGUGGCAAAGCGAGAGUCCUACAAAAGAUGCCACGUAGCAAAGAUGUCAAUGAUGAUGAUAAAUUCUUCUAUAACAAGGAUUUCACUAACCAACUAUUCCGUAUCAGAAUCAAUCAGAUCCAAAUGAAGGAAACGAGUGAAGAGCAGCAGCAGACAGAAGAGAGAGUAUUCCAGGACCGUCAAUACCAAAUUGAUGCAGCAAUUGUAAGGAUUAUGAAGAUGAGGAAAGUCCUUCCCCACAACUUGCUCAUCACAGAACUUUAUAAUCAACUUAAAUUCCCUGUCAAG